AUGCACGACACCUUCCACAUUGGUAACGUACUUUCCUUUCUGCAUGCACCCACCCAUAGACCCUUCCUCAAUCAUCCGAGUUCUGACAUCAACAUACUGAGGGUAUACAAAGCUUUGAGUGUGCACAAAAACCACAAAACCUCCCUUUUAAGACCAAAUUUCUAUGACAUUUCUAAAGUCUUUAUGGCAGGUUUGAUUUUCGUGAAAGACCUCAAAAUAAUUUUUGUAUCGACUCGACUGGAUGCCGAUCCAACGCAUGCAAAAGCGGAUGGAAAGGAGAACUAUGCGAUAUUCGAGUGUAGAAUUCCAGACGGAUUCAAAGAGUCUAAAAAAUGGGGAUAUCUUCCAAUUGGGACAGGUGUCAUGUAUCUUGGAUGUUACUGGAGUGUUGUCAUUGAGAAGACCACGCCUGUUCAAUCCUAUACAGAUUGCAAGAGCUUCUGUUUGUCCGUGAAGAACAUUUUCAUGAUUGGCUUGCAAAGAGGUGAGGCAUGCCACUGCCUGAGUAGUGCAAAAUAUCCAGUCAGUUCAUCUCAUUGUGACAGGAAGUGUCCCAAUGAUCACGAUCGUUGCGGCGGCCUCGAGUUUUUCUCUGUUUUUCAAAUUAAAGAAAGAUUGGAUUUCAGCAAAUCUCUGGUAAGCUUAGAUGAGUUUGACGUUAGCACUAGCAAUCAUUCGCAAGUUUCUGUACUAGAGUUAACAAUCGACAAAUGCAUUUCAAUAUGCUUUGAAAGAAAUCUUCCAUAUGCUACAUUGAAGAACGAACCAGGUAAUGAACCCCUGUGUUAUUGUUCCAAACCAUCUGACGACACUGCUGCAAUUAAAUGUUUGUCGAAUUCGGAAGCGGUAAGGCACUUUGAAUUUCAAACGGCUUACUCACGCCAAUCAAGAUGCAAAAUAAUCGAUGGAAUCAAAUGCACAGAGUGCGAGGCAGGCUGGAUUGGAGUUUUAUGUGGAGAAAGAGAUUGUUCAGCCAACUCUGAUGUCUGUAGGCCGUUAACCUGUCGCAAAACAGUUGCUCUGGGGAAGGAAUAUUCUGAAUGUGUUUGCCAGGAAAACUAUUACAAAGAACAUUUUUCAAAGUGUUCACCUCUGCCAAAAACAGUAAACUUAGCAUUUGGUAAGAAGAUAACAGCAGAACUUUUUGAUAGAAAUGAUUUUUCCGCUUCAUCUUUAGAUGAAGCAUAUUUAAUAACAUCAAACUGGGAGUAUACAGUGGAUGGAAAUAUGAUGGAGUGGGAGUUUGUAAGUUUGCUUUAUUUGAAGAGUUCACUGGAAUCAGUUGAAUGUGGAAAAUAUCCAAUGAGUUUAGGUAAUUGCAACGAACACGAUGCGAUCAGCAUUAACUGCACCAGGACGGAGCAAAAAAGUAGAUUCGUUAUCAUCCAGAAAGAUGUAGAAGAACAAGACAGUGUUUUUGCUUUCAGUGAAGUCGAAGUCUAUGGAGCCGACAAAAAACAGAAUCAGUUCGCCUACGUUGGUUGUUUUGAAAAAUUUAGAACGUUUAAUUCAUCUAAGGAUGAAAAUCUUGGCAACGAUGAACAAUGUCAUAAAUAUUGUGCAGGAUUCAAUAUAGAAAAUUUUAUAUUUGCAAUACACGUAGCCAGUGCAAAAGAACAAGAUAUGGAGAUAUUUGAUAAAAGAAAUGGACACGGGCAACUAGACGAGCAGCAAAGUUAA